CAUGUUCGGAGGAGGCACCUCAACUGAGUACGAGGAUAUCGUCGACAAAACGACAGAUGAGAACCUCACGAGUGAGAACUGGGAGCUCAUACUGAACCUAUGCGACAAGGUUCAGGACGAUGGUCAGGCUGGAGCACAUUCAGUCAUUGCCGCAGUAUUGAAGCGCCUGGCACAUCGCAAUCCCAAUGUCCAACUCUAUGCCCUCUCCCUAACGGAGUCCCUCAGCAAGAACGUUGGCAUCGAAGUUAAUCGAGAAUUGGCCUCGAGGGCCUUCACUCAGGGCCUGGAGAAGUUAAUUACCGACCGGAACACACACGAUAAAGUCAAACGACGAGCCUUGUCAUUGAUAGCUACAUGGACUGCAGAAUUCGAGAGCGACAGCACUUUAGGCAUCAUGGAGGAUUGCUACAACAAUCUGAAGGCCAAAGACUACAAGUUUGAACAACCGCAAGAAGCACCACCUCCAACCGUCGAUGAUGAAAUUCGGCGAAAGGAAGAAGAGGAGCUCCAGCGUGUCCUUGAAAUGUCGAUGCAGGAUAAGGGUGGGCGUCCGCAAUGGACGCAAUAUAGUCUUGCCUCUGGCACUGCUGCAGGCUCUUCCUCUGGUGCAGGUAGUUCUUCAGGUCCAAGUAGCUCAGGGGUAGGACGCUCGUCUACAACAGCAGGGUCGACGAGCUCGCCGUCGCAAGGGUACACGCAGCCUAAGUAUUCCGGCGGGUAUGUGCCCGCUCGCACACCCUCUCCGGCUACCAUAGCUGCGCAGCAACGUCAUCAGCAACGGCUGUACGAGGAGUCAUUGGCGAAAGCCCAAGCGCAGCAGCAGCAGCAGCACAGCGCGUCCAUUUCUUCGACUGAUAGGACUCCUACCCCGACUGUUAACGCUCCAACUGCUGCACAUUCCAGUACAUCUACAACUACGAUGCCCGCCUCUACUGCAACGAUUGUCACUCGCGUACGGGCUCUACAUUCGUUCCAACCCACUGAGCCGGGCGAGCUCGCUUUUGAACAAGGCGAUAUUAUCAAGGUUGUAGAUCGUGGUUACAAAGAUUGGUGGAGGGGUCAGCUAAAGGGUAGAACUGGAAUAUUCCCGGUAAAUUAUGUGGAACCCAUGCCCGAGCCAACCGCUGCUGAACUGGCAAAAGAGGCUGAACAAGAGGCCGCAGUCUUUGCUCAAGCUGUCAAUGUCGAGAAGUUGCUGAAUAUGCUGAGAGCUCUCGAUCCGGCAAAAGAUAACCUCGCCGAUAAUGAAGAGAUUCAGGAACUCUAUCGGUCCAGUAUGGCCCUCCGACCCAAGAUCGUGAAGCUUAUUGAUAAAUACAGUCAGAAGCGGGCUGACUUGGUGUUGAUGAACGAGACCUUCGUUCGUGCGAGGAGCAUUUUCGAUCGGAUGAUGGAGGAGAGUUUGGCUAGGCAUACUGGAGUUUAUGACCAGGUUCCAUAUCGCCAAUCGCAAUUUCCUCCACCCCAGCCUCACAUCCGUCCCGGCUCUGGUGCAGGACGUCGCUCCGACUAUGGUCCCGCUCCAGGACCCAUGGGCCCUCAGCCGUACGGAUGGAACCAAGGACCCGCUGGCUACGAGCAGCCGCCCCAGACACAACCACAAGCUGGACCUUAUCCCGGAUAUCCGGGCCCGUAUCCCGUCGGAACGUCGCCUCAAGGAGGUCCGGAGUCUAUGUAUGCGCCUAGCAGCCCUGGCGCCGCCCAGCAGACGACGCCUGGAGGAUAUGGCGCCGUCCCAGGACAAGGUCCUCAACAGCAGCAACCCGUUGCUGCAGGAUACGGAGUUCUUCCACAGGGCGGCUACGCCGGUCAUCAGCCAGGGGCACCAUACUCACAACAGGGCCCGACGCCUUAUCCUGCUCAACAACAGCAGCAGCCUCAGCCUCAUCAGCCACAUACCCAGCCCGUUCAGCAGCAGCAGCAGCAGCAGAUCCCAGGGCAACAACCGAUCCAGCAGCAGCCUAUUCAACAGCAGCAGCCAGCUCAACACCCCCCUCUUCAACAGCAGCCAUCGUUCCAGGCACAGAUUCCUAUUCAACCACUCCAACCCCAGCACCAACCAGUUCAGCAGCAGCAGCCUCAUCAACAGGUUCAGCCUCAGCAGCAAUAUGAGCAGCAGCAGCCCGUUCAAGCUCAGCCUCAGCCUGAACCCGUCCUGAAUCAAGCCCCGACUGGACCCGCCGCCAGCGUGUUCUCUCCUCAGCCCCAACCUCAGGUUCAGCCCCAACCUCUGCAACAGCAACCACACGCCCAAGCUCAGGUUCAGCCUCAACCUCAGCAACAGGAAGCUCAACCCCAGUCACAGGCCCCAGUUCAGACGCAAGCUCAGCCGCAAGUUCAACCCCAACCACAGGCGCAAUCGCCGCCUCAGCAACCCAUCUCAGGCCCGCCUCCCUAUCCUUACGACCCGUCGUACACAUAUGCGGAUCCGAACGUGCAAGCCUGGGCCCAGUAUUAUGCUCAGGGCGGAAAGGAGCUUGCUGGCUCGGUAUACUUUAUCUCAAUUCCUGGCGUUACGGAUGGUGCGGCUGCCCCUGCUCCCACUGAGGCGGCAGCGGGUGCCGGUCAACAGCAACAGCAGAACGGGAUUCCUCAGCAGCAACAACUUGAUCAAGGCAGUUUGAGCCGGCAAACCUCGUUCCAACCCCAGCUCGUUCAGCAACAACAUCAAGGAUUGGGCCAAUCUCUUGGACGGACCCAAUCCUACCAGGCUCAAUCACAAGCGCAACCUCAUCCUCAACCCAAUGCAAGUGAACCUCGCUACGGUAGCCCCGCCAUCUCUGGUUCUCCCGGAGGGCAACCUCAGCCUCAUCAGCAACCCCACCACCAGAACAUGCCACGCUACCAACUGCACGAUGGACCCUCUCCUUCUUCCCAGCCUCAGCCACAAGACCAAGCAGGUCCAGGACCCUCCUCUGCUGCUCAAUACGCUUCGUAUCCGCAAGGUCAGGCAGCUUCUCAAGGUUCCAGUCCCACUGCGGCAUCCUUCGGCGGCGCCGGCCCGACUAGUGGUCCACGCCCAACUGCGGCAGCGAACUUCGGUCCCGCUCCUGGGACAAGCCCCACGCCAGCCGCCGCCGUGCCUUCGUGGGUGUUGCCGAAGAAGACUCCUGCGACGGGCGCUUG